AUUUAAUCUCCGUCAUGUCUUUUGGUCUUUUGUUUGUAAUGUGCAUCUGAAAUGUUUAAUUUUUUCUAAAAUGAAUAAUGUUCUUUUCUUUAACCCAGUGUCAUGAAACAUGAGUGCUCUUCAAGAAAGUGAAGCCGCAAAUGAGAAUCCUGACAAAUAUGAAUGUCGCACUUGUCUGCAGGAAUGUAAUACUGUUAAUUUAAUAUUCCAAACCUGGUCUCCUGGUUGGAACGGAAUGGAAAACACUAUAGCGGAAGAUCUGGAAAAAAUUGCUAACAUUCAAAUUUCAGAAUUAGAUGAACAUUCCAAAUUUAUAUGCCAAACAUGCAUUGAGCAAUUGAGACAGGCUUGCCAAUUUGUGUGCUUAGUCCAAGGAAAUGAUAGAAUAUUGAAGUUACGAUAUCCCCCAGAAAAAAAAGACGCUAAUUAUUCAGAAGUGUGGCCGAAACCUAUACAGAUUGAUAAAACUAUAGCAUAUGAAAAUUUUCUGGGUAUUGAUGUGAAACAAGAAGUGUUGUCAGAAGAUGAUAACAACUGUGAUAAUAUAGAUGAAGCAUAUACUCAUCCUGAUUAUAAUGAGCACAUUGAAAUUAAGGUGGAACCAGAAGAAAUUGUAGCAACAAAGCCAAAUAUCUAUAUCAAUGGUUCUGUUUUGCAACAUGAAAAUCCUGAAAAGAUAAAAUUACAGAAUGGAGUAACAUCUUAUAAUGAACCGGUAAUUUCUUUCACUGUUUUUAUGAUUACUGAACACAGGAGGGGUGUACAAAAAUACUUAGAUACUAAAGUGAAGGAGGAGCCUGUAAGUGACCCAGAAGACACGGAGUCGACACCCGGUGACCUGCCCCUAGAGUGUCUGCUCUGCACCAGGAAGUUCGUUAGUGUGUCAGGCUUAAAGGCUCAUGUCAUUGCUCAACAUUCCUAUAAGACAGUGAGGAGAAAAAUCGGUGAAAGCUCUCCAAAGAAACCGCCCAGAGAGAAGCAUAUCUGUGCUAUUUGUAAAAGAGUGAAAGCUCUCCAAAGAAACCGCCCAGAGAGAAGCAUAUCUGAGCUAUUUGUAAAAGAGGAAGUUUGUUACGGCUGCAACGCUAAGUUCGACUCGUUUGACAAACUCAGUGUCCAUAGAAAACGGUGUAAAGCGCUAUUAGGCAAGGAGAAGAUUAAACCGAAGACAUUGGACGACGUUAUAAGCAUAUCGGACACUCCUGAUAUAGAAAAAAAUAAAAAACGGAAUCAAAACAUGCAUAAACAAAACAGUGAAGCUUAUUUGCGCCAAAGAGAAAAAGCGAAUACAAGAAUAAGGACUGUAGAACAGAGAGAAAGAAAGAGGGCUAAAGACAGGGAAUAUUUUAAAAAGAAAAGAGAAGACAACAAAUUGAAGACAAUCAGCGAUAUGACUGAACGAGAGAAGCGGAAACAGAGAAAUUAUUGGAAAGCAACAUCAAAAAGAUAUAGAGAAAGGAAAAAGAUUUUAGCAAACAUAAUAAGUAAUGCGCCGCCGCAAUCCGAUGACUUAGCCGCAGUACCUCAAGAUAAGUGACAAGUGGUAAGAAACACCGUUCGAAAGGAUAGGGCGAAAGAAUAUCAAAAAUAUAACGAGAAAAAAAACAGAAAAGACUCAAUAGUUUACAUGAAGCGGAAAAUUUAAUCUACAAAAGAGACAUGCAAAAAUUAAUACUGUACCGGGUCCCAUCAGGAAAGUUGAUGAUUUAAUUAAAGGUGUUCGCGUACCAUUUGAAGUACGCAAACCAGUUUUAUAUAGUAAUAAAUAAAGUUUUAUUUGUCUUUCCAUUCCUGAGCAUACAUACAUACAUGGCAAAACAAAUCAUAAAGACAAAAUGGUUUGUGACCAUAGAGAACCCACAGUCUCUGCUAUUCUGUCACAACCUUUCCAAAUAACAAUAUUGUGUCCUCCUAUGAAGACACAACACAAAAUAUACUAGGAUAUAGCAGGCUGUGACAGGGUCAAAGUACCACCCGUGAUCUACAAUAUGUUAUAGUUAUAGUAUUAUAUAAAAAGAAAUACCUUAUAUUAGUUAAAUCAUAUACCAGUAGAAAGUUACAUUGCUCUGAUACAGGCACGAUAUAGGCCAUACAUAUAGCGUCAAAAGAAAACUCGAUGCUCGAUUGCUAAUCCUACUAGUUAUAAAUAACUACUAAUAAAAAUCUUGAAAUAAAACAUAAAAUAAAAAAUACAAUAGAAAUAAUUGUUUAUAUACUUUGUGUUCAAAAAGGCUGAACGGCCUUAGGCGAAACUUAGCACACAUGUAAGUAGUUUAUAACCUGGAUUGAGAUAGAAAACCUUUUGACCCGAAAAAAAUUUUAGGUGCCUGAGGUAUUCUUAAAACUCAAGUUGGUUCAUAAUCGCGGUCGCUAGUUCAUAAUAUAAGCACAAAUUCUCCUACACAAAUACUCUCAAUAAAACUCAGUUCCCGUGUCUGCUGUGUAAGCAACCAUUCACUCUCACGCACACACACACAAUCACGAUAAUAUUUACGAAAAGUUGACUUGGGAAGAUUCGAAUAAUUCGCUUCAUUCAGGAUUCUUACCAUAAUUCCCUUAGAAUUCAAUAUGCUGCCCGUGACAUAAUACACUGCUUUAUGCCCCACCAAGUUUUUUUUGUGAUAAACUUAAAUUACAUGAACUUGUAAAGACCGAUUGUAGAGUGUAACUUGUGAACGUGUAGACUUGUGAGUUUUGAUGAACAGGGCACUGGUCACAUUUUGUAAAAGAAACUGGAAUUGUCUUUGCUUGUCAUACGCAACGCCACUAAGAGAAAACCCUAUUUGGGUGGUAGCUCCAAAAUCAUGGAAUAGAUUUUGAAGUUUGCUUGUGUCAAGCUUAUAAAGGGUUUAGCCGGAUAACUAUGACGAGUCGGCCCCCAAUUGGGAACCUAUAUUGAAAUUUAUGUUUUAAAAUCGACUUGUUGUGCAAACUAUUUAUGUACAUUUCGGGACCAGCUUCCGUUUUGCCAUUGAGAAAUGAAAAAAAAUAACCACGUGCAUGACUAUUAUUCAAAGUAAUAUAUAUCAAAUACUAAUUAAGCUAGAGAAGUGAAACCAACGCAAACCUUUAGGUUUUUUACAGAGUAUAUAUAUAUAUAUUCAACGUAAUUUUUAUGAGUAAUAGUGCACAUAAAGCAUAACAUAUAUUAUUUUCGUUAUUGUAAGUCUUAGAGAAAUGAAAAAAAAAAUUUUUU